CGGGCUGCAGUCUGAUUUGAAUCUUCACCAUCUCAACUGCCCACAAAAGCUACCUAAUCAUUGUUUAAUCGAAAGUGCAUGUACCUUGAUUAUUGGUCUGCUGACUUGCGAAUCCUCAGUGUCAAGAUAUGUUUGCAACCUUAAACUUGCCAUUAAAGGAUGACAGCAGACACAGGCGACUCAAAGUGACGGAAGCUUGCCGAUCAUGCCGUGUAAAAAAAAUUAAGUGCGAUGGCUUGCGACCAUGUUGGCAGUGCAAAGCCCGUCGACGAAACUGUACAUAUUCCAAGUAUUUAGAUGAACUGCUUCCUAAAAAUGAACUGACGGCGGAAAGUAGCAAUAUGGUAGAAGACGAGAGCCAAACUCCAUCGCGACCAGAGUCUCCUUUCCGACCACCACCGGAAACCGAACAUCCAAUUACGCUGGCAGAUAGUCCAACUCAUAAUAACACCUCAUCAAGACCAAUACAAGAUGCUAAUCGACCAAGCGAAAAUACCGUAGAAAAUUUGCGAACCCGUAUUGGCGGAUUGUCCAUUAAUCAAGGCAAAACACAUCCUUUACUUUCAACAAACGAUAUACUUUGGGAGUAUAGGCAUUAUCUAUUGGAGCCAUCUCUUCCAGAAAGCUACAGUGGGGUCCUAGGAAUGCCCACACGUACAAUUCAAGAGCAUCUCAUGGACAUUUACUUUCGAAGACACUAUCAGAUAAUGCCUAUAUUCUCGCGCAAAGUCUUCACGCACCAUCUGUCAGAAAAGGGCUAUCUAGUCUCACCACUAGUCCUCAACGCAAUGUAUGCACAUGCAUGCACCUAUGAGACAGACCUGCAAGAGCACGCUGAUGUAUUUUUUGAUCGGGCAAGGUCACUUGUGGAAGAUUUUUUGGAUGUCCCGAGAAUUAGUACAAUCUUUGCGCUACUUCUGAUGGCAACUUAUGAAUGCCGACUCAAUGAUGGAAAAAGUAGUAGACGAUCGUGUCGACCAUCGGUUUAUGCUGGAAUGGCAACCUCAAUGUGUUUCGAAAUGAAGCUUCAGAAGGAUGUGGAUCUUAGAAAAGUGACAAAGUUUGAUAUUGAACUACGAAAUCGUAUAUUUUGGACUUGUUACAACAUGGACAAGCUGACUAGUCUUGGAUCCGGGCGCCCAUUUGUGAUCUCCAAAAGGGACACCAUGAUACCCAUUCCAAAAGUUCUUCCAGAUGAUGAGGAUUCCAUUCCUAUUGAAGCAUUUGCAUGCCAAACAAAAUUGAUGAUACUGUGCGAGAAAUAUUUGGUUCUACAGUCAAGCAUAAAGACCGACCCCAGUUAUUUACAAAUCCAAGAACGAUGGUCGGAAUUGCUAAAAGAACUGUCAGACUGGCUGAUUUCACUUCCACGAGCGAUUGCAUGGACACCAGUACCGGAGGUUUCAAGCCCCAUACCAGUCAAACCACCACAGGCUGCCGCAGUUGCCAUGCUACAUCUUCAAUACAAUGUGCUUGAACACCACAUCUUGACAAUCAAUUCUCAGAAAUCGGUAAAGUCGGUACAUCGGCGAAUACGGACCGUAGCAAAUACCAUAACUCAACUGGCACAUUUUCUGGUCAAUGACACAAGUCUUCUUACAAAUUAUGAUUAUUGUGCAUACUCCGUUCUACUUGCUGCCUUGACACACGCAAACGACCUACAGCAUUCGACGCCUCAGGUGCUAAUACAAUCAGAAGUGCAAUUGCGUCGAUCAAUUGCCAUCAUAGGUUAUCUUUUGGAUACUCGUACCGUGACCGGAUCAGGUUCAUUUUCAGCUCUCAUUGAUACCGUAGCCGAUUCUUCGUAUUCUGAGGAUAGUAGGAAUCUAUCAUCUCUUCAACUGCACGACAAAGCAAAGGCGUUUUUGGAGAAACUACAGAUAGAGCCUACCGGACCUCAGAGUCAAGGAAUGGAUCAUCUCCCCCUUUCCAAACAAACAAGUUUCCAACAGAUUGUGGAGACCGGCUUCCGGCACUCUGGUAGUCCCGAACAUAUUUCAAGCUUACCACCGAUUCUCCAAAGCGACUCUCAUCAUAACCAAUCACGAUUAGUGCCAAAAUAUUCAGACCAUGUUUUACCAGAGACAUCCAAAGUACUAGAGCCUGCGCACUACACAUUUGAGCUUAUAUCGGUAGAUGACAAUUGGGGAUAUUCGUCGCGGAUGGCUACAACGACUCGGACUUUGGAUCAUCAGCAACCGGAAGCUAUUUCAGGGAUGAAUCAAGCUCAUUUAUCAGUUCACAGUUCGCCGUCAAAUUCUAAUCAUGAGCACGGUAUCAUAAAGAACUCAAGGCAUAUCACUCCCCCACCAGCUAUCACAAGAAACUAUUCCCCUCCAGAAAUGGACACACCUCCACCUGAUCCACGAACAUUAUGGAAUCACACAAGCAAUGCUUUAGAUCAUAAUCCAACAUCUGAUGACACCAUACUUUAUUCAAUCGCAGCGUCUGCUACAGGAUGGGUAGAUGACUCCGAAAAGUGGUAUAGCGGACAUCAUAGUCAAGCACCACAAGUAAUAUUACGUACGCCAGAGCAGCAAUCACAGCCGCCGCCAAACGCUGUUGCACUGGAUGUUGGCGUUUCAUCUACCUCCAAAUUCAUUCUGCAUGGCAAUGAUCUCCCAGUUACCACGGCUUCCAUAACCGUUCCAAGUAGCCCCGCACAGAACUUACUGCCUGAUCAGCACUCACAUGCACUUAUUGACCACAUGCAUAUCGACUCCUUUAACUAAACGAUAAGUCAUGAAGACAUCUUUUGGCAUUUACUAUGGCACUGACAAAAAAAUUUAGAAUCAUCAGCAUAGCAAUCACAUUAGCUUAGUUUAGUGUAUGGUACUUUACUCUGUAUUUUAUCUUUUGAUUCGAAUGAAUUGUCGUAACAAUGGUUGUACAAAUAUCAUCUUGCUCAUUGCGAUAGAAG